AUGGACUUGGAAUAUGGAGGUUCGAGGAGCUUUGGCGCAUACAUGUGCCGGAAGGAGGAAAAAACACCGCUCAGUUACAACAAAAAAUAUAGCGCAGAGAUAGAGGAAGCGGAGGAAAGGAAUAAGAAGGAUAAGCACGAAGACUCGAGGAACACUCGCCCGCUGUUCACCAAUUGCAAUUUCUACAUUGACGAUUUUGUAAGUCUCUAUUCAAUUUAUAACAAAUGUGAUAAGGACCAUAAGAAGGAUGAAGAGGUAGAGGAGGAAAAGGAGCGGGAGAGCCCUUCCCAAAGGACAACAUUGUACAGAGGCCAAGAGGAACACAAACUGGAUCCCCACAACGAAUGGAAUAAUUUAACGACCCACGCGGAUGACAAGACAGUAGAUAGGUACCACAACAACCUGAACAAUCAGGGAGAGUGUAGUACGCCUUAUAACAACUGCGAUUUGGAUGAAAAUAAUUAUGCUAAUUUUUGGAGCAAUGAUUUUGAAAGGACAGAAUUAAUCAAGUUACACGAUCGCCCUGUCCAAAUAGGAGAUAUGAGUUUAGAGAGAACCCCAACAAAAAGUACCCUCUACGGUUUGCCAGAAACUUUGCAAAAUAAUUAUACAAGUAGGGAAAGGAACAAGUUUGAUACUUUUGUGAAACGUUACGAAACAGUGCAGACGAGCAAGAAAAAUGUGCAAGCAUCCUACAUUAACAAAAAAGAGCAGAUAGAAAUAAUGAUUGUACAGAAUGGGGGGGUUAUACAUAAUGCUUUAACAAACAAGGUGACUCACAUAAUUAGCAACAAUAUGGCAUUAGGUUCAAAGAAAUAUAUGGAUUAUAAAAAGGCAAUAAAAAAGUCGAAAGUUUUUAUAGUAGUAGAUAAAUAUAUUUUCGAUUGCGUUAAAUUUAGAUGCAGAUUUCCAGAACAGUCAUACUUACCUUCAUUGCUACGUCAUAACAGUAGACAAAUAACUGAAUUCUUUCCCUUCAAGAAGAGGAGGAUGUAUACAAUUGGGAAGGUACAUUCCUUGGACGCUUCCAAUAUCUGUGCACAAAAUAAUACACCCGUUUCGACUCAGCUCCAAGAGAAACACAAUUCUAUUGCAGUAAAAUUCUCUGAGAAGGAUUUCAUGAGUGAUGACAACCUUUCAGGGAAAUUUCUCAGAGAAAGCAUACAAAGCGACAAACACCUGCUAAUGUUGAACAUGCAAAUGAGCUAUACAAAUUUGAAGAAUUACCUUGUGUGUAACUCCUCUGAAUAUUUCAAAAGGCUACGCGUAAUUUACCAGAAGAAAGAAUUAGAGGAAAACGCCUUCCCCAAUGUGGGUGCCAAUUUGUACAUGAACAGGAACACGUUUGAAGAUUUUGCAAGGAAUCAUAGAAUAUUACGCCAUCUGAAUGACGAGGAAAUUAACUGGAUUAAAAAAAAGAGCCAGUUGAAUAUAAAUAUAAAAAACAUAUGGGAAAAUGAUAUGAUUCAUUUAUUUUUCGACAUUGUGUUGAGGACGAAGGAUAACGAGGAAGUGGGUGCUUCUAUGGAGUGCAGAUCACGUGAAGAGGAGAAAAAAGAGGGGAUCAGAUGCAAGAGCGAGGAUGUUAGUAGUUCGGAAAAAAGUGAAGGAUUAAGCGAAAGUAACUAUAACCACUUGCCCGGUGGAGGAUACCCCUCGGAAAAAUUAAUCGAUAGCGUGGACGCUUACUUACACAAGUCUAGAUUGUACAUUUUGGGAAAUUGGAAAUACAUAAGUCGUGAGUUUUUUAAAUUUCAAGAUAUAAAUGAAAAGGAUAAACGGAAAUGUGUCUAUCUGUACAUUGACUUCGACAACUAUUUCCUAAAUGCAAGUGUGAAGAGCGCAUGUGAACAGUGUGACAAUAACAAAAAAAUAGGAAGUAACGAAAUAUUAUGUGUAUGUCACAGCUUAAAGAAGGAAGACAGUUAUAGUAUUGUAAGUGCUACCAAUUAUUGGGGGAAAAAAAAUAAAAUCCACAAAGGGAUGGUAAAAUGGGAAGUAACCAAUAUGCAUAAAGACAACAUUCGUUUUGUAAAAUAUGAUUUUGGCAACAUCCUAAGGUGUAGUUAUUUGUUUCUACUCGUCCUCAUCAAUUAUUCAAAGAAUGUGAGGGUACUAUCAGUCGACGAAUCCAUUGUCCAAUUAUUUUACGAAAAUGAGGAGGACCUGUUCUUAACGGCUAAACAGAUAGCGGAAGAUAUUUACAACUUAACCAACCUUAGUGUGUCCAUAGGAAUUUCCUCCAACUUGUCAAUGUCUAGGAAAGCUCUAAAGUUUUGCAAAAAACGCUUUUUAUUUUUUGAUUAUUACCAUCAUUUUUGUAUAUUUAUUAUGGGGAAAUAUUUCCUCGGCGAAGGAAUAGAUGAACAGAUAAACCGUGAGGGACAUGCCCAUAGUGUCACUUCACAAGAUAAUUUUGAGGAAAGAACGGCACGUACCGAAGAGGGGGAUGAUAUAGUGAGGGAAGAGAAUUACGCUGCUGAGGGGGGUCAAUCCAAGAAUGAGCCACUGAAUUGUGAAGAGUUGAAAAAUCUAUUCGAUGAGUAUGUCGCAUCGGCUGUUGCUGAAGGAAACCAAGUGAAUGGAACUUGUGAUGCUACCACUUCGAGCCACUCGGAUUUGUACUUUCUGAACGCCAUGAAAGAGAAAAGGGAUCCACGGGUGGACUCUAUUUUUAACAAAUUCGUUCAAGCUAACAGAGCCAACUUGGAACACAUAACGAGCACCUUCUUCGACCGAGUCAUUCACCCCAUAAGUAGAUUCUUCUUUUUCUACAAAAAAAAGGAACACUAUUUGGACGUAUUAAGACAGUUAAAUUAUUUGAGUGGUCAGUUUAUUCAUUUCAACAUUUAUCAUUUGCCUGUGGAUGAGAGAGCAGCGCCCAUCUUACCAUGUGAUCAAGUAUCGGAAGAUGUUUUCAUAAAAUCUAAAAAAAAAGAGAUCGACCCCAUUGAAGGUAAAAAGAGCAUAAAUAUAAGUGUGAACUAUGGAGUACGCUUCCAAAACAUUAACGAUUUUUAUUUUCUGAUUUAUUUUAUGACAAAGCAGUUAUAUAUCCGACUAAGGAUUAAUAGCCUCAAAGCCAAAAGUCUACAUGUGCAUUUUUUUCUCAAUGAGGAAGGAGAAAAUGUGGAUCCGGUAAAAUAUUUAGGAAGGGGAAAGGUAAGCAGGGUGAAUAGCAGAAUUAACCUUAGCCAUUAUACGGACAAUUUUUUUGUAUAUUUUUUCAAAGUGAUUUACACCUUCGAUGUCCUGGCUAGUAGAUUGAGAGACCUCAGGGGCGUUCAAAUUGUGUGCUCCGAUGUUGUAAGCGCUGACGCGAUUCGGGCUCUUGCCAAGAGAAGCAUUCUGUCCUACUUUCCCGUGGGGGGGAAAGGGAACAUGAAGGAUGAGAAGGAAAUCAAGCUAGGAGUAGACGAAGGAGCCCACGUCAUCGCACCAAACAUGCGAGAUGCACAAGUCCAUCCCAUCCGGGAGAAAAACGCCAAUGAUGACGAGAAAAGAACAAGGCAUAUUCUGCGACACCAUCGCUGUGGCCAUGGUGGGAAAUCCAAACGAAGGAACUCCGUACCCCUGGUGAAUGGCAGAUGCGCAAAAAGCAUCCUUUGCUACUUUGUCAACACGAAAAAUGCUGAAGCGGAGGCCGAGAAAAAGGUCGACAUAUCGAGCGAUAAAUGUGUUCCUUUUUCAUUUAAAAGUGGAGCAAAAAAAAACAAAAAAAAAAUUAAUAAAAAGAAGAAUAAUGGCAGUGUGAGAAGAGCGACAAAUUCUUUAUCGCCCAGCAGCUGUAGAAUUCUGAAGAAAAUAAAAACCGUAAGAAAUUAUAAAAUCCUCGAUUUUUUCCCGAGCAUUUUCCUAAAGCAAAGAAGUCAAGGCAAUACCACUACUAAACACAAUGAUCCUCAUGUGAAGAAAUGGAUAGACCGAAAUACGCUGACGACGGACAAAAACAUAUUCGAUAGCAUAAUUAACAAAAGGGUGAAGAAGGAGGUCCAUAUUAAGGAGGAAUUCAAUUGCUGUUAUGUUAGUUAUAGGAACAUCCUUCAAGCAGUGAUGGAAAAACAGAAAAGUCUAACCACCAUGUGUGAGAAUCAGUAUGUGUGGGCAAACGAAUCCCGGAAUGAUACGAUUUUUUCGCACUCCUACAUCAUUGUCUCUCUCUAUGCCAUGAAUCGAGAAAGCGAAAAAGGUAUCCUUUACAGCUAUACCAAAGAAAUAAUUUCUUCCUACAUUUCCCAUUUUAACAAUUUACAUCGCAAUCACGACUGCAGAAAUAAUGCAACAGAUAGGUAUUACCUCCUGAAAUUCAUUGCCGCCGUUGUGGACAGCUUAUGUGAGGAGUUGCACCGCAGGAGGCUUCUCGAUGUGCUUCACAAAUUUUUGAAAAACUUUAAGCAUGUUUGGUGCUUGACCUAUGCCGAAGACGGCAGGGACAAGGGGAACGAGAAGAGCACCUUCCCACCGUUAUUUCACCGAAUUAUGGUGAAAUACGGCGUGUACUAG